UUAUGUGACAUUCUCCGGCAAAGAGGAAUGCUACGUGAUACUGCUGGUGUUAUGAUAGAGGAGCAGCUGGGAAUCUUUUUGAAUAUUAUUGGCCAUAAUGAACGCAACAGAGUUAUCCAAGAGCGAUUUCAUCAUUCAGGUGAAACCAUCAGCCGUCAUUUCAAUAAUGUGUUGAAGGCAGUCAAGUCACUGUCACGCGAAUUUCUACAAACACCAACCCCCACCAGACCUUCAGAAAUCCAUGGAAGCAUUAGAUUUUAUCCAUAUUUCCAGGAUUGUCUCGGAGUCAUUGGUGGAAUGCACAUUCCAGCCCAUGUCCCAGCCAAAGAUCAAUCCCGGUUUCGAAAUAAGAAAGGUGUUCUUUCACAAAAUGUGUUGGCAGCUUGCACGUUUGACCUUCAGUUUAUAUUCAUUUAUCCUGGCUGGGAAGGCUCAGCUGCAGGAGCCCGUGUGUUGAAGGCAGUCCUUGAUGAUCCGCAUCAGAAUUUCCCUCGUAUUCCUGAAGGAAAAUAUUACCUUGUCGACACAGGAUAUGCAAAUAUGAAAGGCUUUAUUGCCCCAUUUCAAGGCGUCAGGUAUCAUGCUAAUGAAUAUAGAGGUGCAAAUCAAUUACCUAGAAAUGCAAGGGAGCUAUUUAAUCACAGGCACUCAUCUCUUAGGAAUGUCAUCCAGAGAUCUUUUUAUUUGUUGAAGACUAGGUUUCCGAUACUCAAACUUGCUCCUCAAUACGCAUUUCAUAUUCAAAGGGAUAUAGUUAUAGCUGCGUGUGUUCUACACAAUUACAUCCGGCGUAUGUCAAAAAAGGAUUGGCUGUUUUCGAGUGCGGAAGGGACAAAAAUGGAUGAAUUGCCUGAUCUCGAUGAAAAUCUUGACACAGAGUUACUUACUUCGAUACAAGAACAUGUUGCUUUAUCAGUGAGAGAGUCAAUUGCCACAGAAAUGUGGGAUGACUUUAUAAAUAAAUGGGAUCAAUGGUAACUGUCAGCAGUAGCUUUUAUUAUGGUGAUAUUUUCAAACCGUAAGAGGCAUCCUUUGACGAGGAGCAAAGCAAGGAAGUUAUUGUUUGGGAUACAUCUUAGCAUUUGGUCUUUGUCCGGCUCAAGACGUAAAACCUAGCUUUUUUUUUUUUUUUUUAUAUAGAGAGGUUAAAUGAUGCAGAUACUAUGAUUGUGAUAAUUGUAAUUAUUUGUAAGAAAGUGCUAUUCACACACCUAUUUUUACCUUCCACACACCUCUGUUAAUUUUGGCCAUAGAUCUUUAAUUCAUUCUAUCAAAUGGGUGAAAAUUGGGAGAGGUGUGUGGAUAGCAGUACCUAUUUAUAAUUUGACCAUUUCUGCUGUGAGGCCGUAACUAA